CCCCAAGAGGGCGCCGGCGCUCCCUCCCUCCUCCUCCUCUUUCCUUCGUCCGGCCGCGCCUGCGCAUUGCUCGCAGCGGGCCGAGCCUGCUUGCUCCCUCCCUUCCUCCCUCCCUUCCUUCCUGGCGGCCGGGGCGCCACUGACAAGACCGGGGCGGGAGGCAGGCGGGCCAGCCGGGAGGCAGACGCCGGCUCCGGACUAGGCGACGACGAAGCAGUAGCACCGCCGCCAUCAGCACUAGCACCCCCAUCCCCGCCAUCUCAAGCCGGCAGCCAUCGCGGAGCCAGACCAGCAGCAGCAGCAGCGCGGGGGGGAGAAGGAGCCGCCGCCGCCGCCGGAGACCCAGGAGAGGGGGAGGAGCAGCAGCAGCCGCCCCAGCCGCGGGAGGGGAGCGGCCGCCCCAGCAGCAGCAGCAGCAGCAGCAGCGCCUCCUCGGAUGGAACGAAUCUUCCUUGUUGAAUGCAUCCGGUCUACUUGCUAGCGUGUACACUUGGCGACACCGUGUCCUUUGGGUUGAAGCCACUUUGUGGCCGACUGAACUGUGGAUCCCAAAGUGCUGAAGUUGCUUGACGAAGGGGAGACUGCCAAAUCACGCUAGCCCGUCAUCACAGCCAGGAUGGUGCUGUCACAGAGGCAACGAGAUGAACUGUAUUCAUGAAGCCAUAGCAAGUGGGUGUGUGUAAAACACACGCCCAGUUCCCCGGCCUGCCGAGCAGUCCGGAGGGGACGACUGUUGCGGAUCAAAAGCCAUAGUCCAGAAAUCGAGCGAUAGCAGAUUACCUUCGUUCUAAUGGCUACGAAGAAGCCUACUCCGUGUUCAAAAAAGAAGCCGAGCUGGAUGUGAACGAAGAAUUAGAUAAGAAGUAUGCCGGGCUCUUGGAAAAGAAAUGGACAUCAGUCAUAAGAUUACAAAAGAAGGUUAUGGAAUUAGAAUCCAAACUCAAUGAAGCGAAGGAAGAAUUCACCUCAGGGGGGCCCCUUGGCCAGAAACGAGACCCUAAAGAAUGGAUCCCUCGUCCUCCGGAAAAGUAUGCCUUGAGUGGACACAGGAGUCCGGUCACGAGAGUCAUCUUCCACCCAGUUUUCAGUGUUAUGGUCUCUGCUUCAGAGGAUGCCACAAUCAAGGUCUGGGAUUAUGAGACGGGCGACUUUGAACGCACCUUGAAGGGCCACACAGACUCUGUGCAGGACAUUUCCUUCGACCACACCGGCAAGUUCCUGGCCUCCUGCUCCGCAGAUAUGACCCUUAAGCUAUGGGAUUUCCAGGGCUUCGAGUGUAUCCGGACCAUGCAUGGUCACGAUCAUAAUGUUUCCUCAGUAGCCAUCAUGCCCAACGGGGAUCAUAUAGUCUCCGCCUCGAGGGAUAAAACCAUCAAAAUGUGGGAAGUUCAAACAGGUUACUGUGUGAAGACUUUCACGGGGCAUCGAGAGUGGGUGCGUAUGGUACGACCCAACCAGGACGGGACGCUGAUGGCCAGCUGUUCCAACGACCAGACCGUGCGCGUUUGGGUGGUCGCGACCAAGGAGUGCAAAGCCGAACUCCGAGAACACGAGCACGUGGUGGAGUGCAUCUCUUGGGCUCCCGAGAGCUCCUACUCCACCAUUUCGGAAGCGACAGGGUCGGAGACUAAGAAGAGUGGCAAACCUGGGCCUUUCCUGCUCUCUGGAUCGAGAGACAAGACCAUUAAGAUGUGGGACAUUAGCACUGGCAUGUGCCUUAUGACACUGGUGGGCCAUGAUAACUGGGUACGUGGCGUCCUCUUCCAUUCUGGGGGGAAGUUUAUUUUGAGCUGCGCCGACGACAAGACCUUGCGUGUCUGGGACUACAAGAACAAGCGAUGCAUGAAGACUCUCAAUGCGCACGAACACUUUGUUACCUCGUUGGACUUCCACAAGACAGCUCCUUAUGUGGUCACUGGCAGCGUAGAUCAAACAGUAAAAGUGUGGGAGUGCCGUUGAUUUGACUUCCCGCCUGGCCCUCCCCACUCCUCCUUCUGGAUGCACUCGGAUACCAUGGUUACCCAUUGAGCUCUGUUUAAAAUAAAUAUUGUCCUUUCAUGUAAAUUAUUCUGGAUGUAGAUUGAGCUUAUUAAAUGUUACACACAAAGUAUUCAUGCAUGGUGAAUCCAAAUUGUAUACUGUAAAUUUACAUACGUUGUCUAGAAGUACCAUAGGUUUUAAAAACAUGGGCUGCCAUUGGUCACAUCAGACCUGAAGAAGGCGGAAGCCGGUUGGUUGAAUUUAGGGGCACUUACAACAGGUGACAGCAACACCUUUCUGUGCUGGAUAAACUUAAGACAACCCAUUCUCUCCUCUGGGGUGGUGCCUAUAACUAGUGACUCACAAGGGAUUUGGGGUGGGUGGGGCGGGCGCUCUUGCAGAAACACCUAUCUCUGUAACAUCACUUAAGUGUGCUUAAGAAAUCUCUAAGGAUACUAGAUAAACAAGGCUGCAAUUUAGUCUUAGGUAAUUAAUGGAAACUAAUUAAAACUUCUGAGUCUUUUCUUCUUCUCCUCCUCGUCAUGAAAUAUUUGCCAAAUCAAUAGGAUCUGUUUUUAUUUUUGGCUUCCUAUCACGUUUGAAAAAGAAGAGAAGAGUUAGCAUUCUCAUGCUAACCUGUGGCAAUAUAGGAAGAGAAACCAUGGCAUGACGUGAAGUGAAUUUUUUACCAUUUGAAUUGGGUCGUUGGAGUUCCAUUGCGUUCGAACACUUGGGCGCUUUAAUGCUUUCCACGCAAAAUGUGUUUCCGGGAGGCUUUUGGGUGUUUUGCAAAGACUUGGCUGAAUCUGGGCCCUUCGAGUUAAAUCUCUCAGUUGACUCCUGCACCAGCUCUCUCUGCUGUUGGUUGUGCUUUUAUUAGGCUUGUGCGAUGUCAGUUGCAUCCAAGGCUGCCCCUGAUACCUCCACCAUUAGUCCUUGACCAGGCGUAGUGGUGUCAGGUCAUGUUGGGGGAUGAUCUCCCUUUUUUCCAGUUAGGGGGGAACUCUUCAGAAGGUUUAGAUCAGGUGGUGCUCGGAUCCUAGGGUGCUUACAAGGAGAGCAAAGCGUGCGAUAUUCAAGACACUACAGAAAAACAGGAGGAGGAGAAGUGCUUUUGUUGGUUGCAGGCUUCUUGAAGACUCUGCAGUUUUAUUUGUUGAAGCCAUCUGGCCAGCAUGGAAGUUGUCUAGUUGAAAAAUGGCGAUGUGUCCAUUUCAGUGUGAAAACAAACCCCCCUCUUGCCAUUUUAAAGAGCCCUAGGAGGAAGGCACCUGUCGAUCUGAAGGAACGGGGGAAAUGCACGCGUCGGUUAAGACCUAGUCCGAGUCUAGUGCGUAUCGGUCGAUUCUAGUUCUGGUCUCUUCCUCCAGCACCCCCACUCUUUCAAAAGAAUAAUGGCCUUAAAAACAAUGUAGUGAACUGCCAGUCGGAGGCGUUUUAAGACACAAAAGCGUUUUGUUCUGUUGGCUCUGUGGCUUUUAAAAAGUUGCUCCCCUUUUUAAAAGCAAACAGGCGCACACUAUAGGAAGCACUUGAGUUGUGGAGAAUUUAAACGUCUUGUCAAAAGGCAAAGGACUUUAAUCUUUCCCUCCCCUUCCCCUUGCGUGCGCACAUGCACACAGGGGUUUCCGCCUCGGGUUUCUCCUGAAGGGAGCUUGUGUUCUGGGUUGGACAGUUUAGGAUACAAUUUUCGGAAGACCCAGCCGCCACCUCAGCUCAUCCUAUCGAACCAGGAGGGCACCAUAGCCGCUUCCGGCUCCUGGCGGCGGCAGCUUGAGUUGAUCCCUUCUCUCCUGCGCUGCCUGCAGGCGGGCUGUUCGUCAGGUAGAGCUGUACAGUUAACAGCGCAGCUCUACCUGAUGGAUGGCCAGCCUGCCGGCAGUGUGGCUCAGGCGGGGAAACCGAGGCAGCCACCCCUCCUUGAGUGCGCCCCACUCGUAAGGUUGAGUCGCUACGGUCCAGCAGCUUGUGGUCAGUCACUGUUUCCCACGGCUGGAUCGUAUACCUGUCGACGUCUGGCUCUAGGUUUUAAGCGCUUUCUGGCAGGAAUUUCAUGGCUGUGUUUGCCUUCCUUUUGAGGACUCCCGAAUCCUUCGUGGUGUGGUCUCCACAGUGCUGCUUAGAAACUGUAAAGUUGUUCUUGGCAAGGUGUAGCCGUUUGGGGUUUUUUUCCAGUCAUCUCUAGCUGCGUAGUCAGUCAAAGAAAGGGACCGGUGACUGUGGGUGCGCGCCUUGGGUGGGGUUCCUUCCCACCCCAAGCAGUGGCUGCCGAAGCGAAUUCCUUCCUUUGCAGCCUCUUGCUAGCUUUGAGAGUGCAAACGUUCCCUGCUUUCAAAUCGGUAAACGUGCGAGGUACAGAGUUAUUUAGCAGUGGUAAUUCUCAGGGAUGGUCCUGGCCUGGAUCCGUGGUUCUACAGCCCUGGUUUUGAAAUGAAACACACAGCCGGGAGGGGAGGGUCGCGUUGCGUCCUGCAAGGGUUCUGCCUCCCAAGUCCGUGGCUCUGGUGUGGCUUUCUCUGGCUGGUGAGGCCUGUGCCUUUUUACUGUGAGGAGUCCCCAAUGCAGAAGGGUACCAGUGCAGAUUAGAAGAGGAGUUUGAAUCGGAAAGGGUGUCUUCACUCACGGCUGUCCUUGUUGCCUGUGAAAAUGGGCGCGUGCCAUUUCUCAAAGCAGGGCGGGUGGAGGAAAGGAGGUACCCUUGCCACAUUCCCAAGUAAGCUCCCCCCCCCCGCCGUGCCCCUUCUCGCUCAAGUUGCCGCCGGUGCAUGCGCAUUCCAGGACGCUGUGAACGGAGGUGUGCCCAGGAAAAAAAAGUUCUAGAUGCAUCUCACGCUUCCUCCUCCUUCCCCCCCCCCUUCUUCAAUGGUGCAAAAUAUUCCAUGGUUUGGACACAAUCUGAAAGCCGAGGUCUCAGAGCAUUUUGCACUUUAGUUUUUGUUCAGACAAACCGGGGGGGGGGGGGCGGGGGGAGAGCCGUCCUGCUUUUUGUGUGUGUGAUGUGACCAAUGAUCUGCCCAAGGCACUAAUUAUUAAAGACAAGCAAAAUACUAGUUGCUAGCAAGUUGUCAAGAGCUGUGGAGCACUGUAGUAUUUUGAAAGCUUUGGCUGUUGCCUCACCAAGCCCCCUCCCCUCCACUCCCACCCCGCCUUCCUCUUGGCUGCUUCUCCUCCUCUUACCUCUUUCUUACGUGAAUUGAACUACCUGUUUAAGAACGAGUUAAUCGCUUUCUCUUUUUUCCCUCCUCACCUUGCUUCCCCCACCCCCAGCCCCACCGAUGCUAUUUAAAAGGAAGAUCUUGGUUGUUGGGUGUCAUGGACAGUCAUGGUUUGAUAAUCCCAGGAUGGGUCUUGCGUGCAGCAUUACAGAACGUUGAAUGAAGGAAAAGGAAAACGCUCUGAAUGAUUCCAUAUUCUUAGUCCAGCGCUAGAGAUUUUUUUAAAGGGAAAAAAAGACAAAUCCCCAGGAUACUAGCGAAUACAGAACCUCAGUUAGUGACAGAAUGGUGUGUAUAAAAAUAGGGGAAACUGGCUUGGGAGGUUGGGGGAAGAAAGGGGGCAAAGGGGGUCAAAAAGGUGGCGCUAGCUUUGGCAAGUCGUGACUGGACACUAACCGGCUUUUUAAAGCGUGGGGAUGGGGGAUCUUUUCUGCUUUGUCCCUGUAACUGACUGCUUGCUUGUCCUAAGCAUACCCUUCAAAGCUUUCCAAAGUUUGUUCUGAAGAGAGUUAGCAAAAUCUUCCAUGUUUUUAGAAGUUUUUGAUCCCAACACUGACAUGAAGGCAAGCAUCUUUCUUUUUUUAUGAAGAACAGUGUGGCGAUUGCCUUUGGAGAGAGUUUCCCCACCCUACCCCCAGACUGUAGGAGUUAACUGAAGAUAUUGACACACAAUUAAAAUUUAAAAAAAAAAUCAGUAAAGGAAUGUAUAUAAUACUUGCUCUGUGUUUUACAGUGAGGUUUGUUGCUCUCAGACUGUGUAAAACAAAAAUUUAUUCAUGUUUUCUGCAUAUUAAAACAAAAAUCUUAUUGUACCAAUUGGUAAACUAUUAAAUGCAUAUAAAACUAAA